CCCUUUCCACCUUUGGCGCCAAGAACCGCGGCGCGGGCUGGGCAAUGGGCUCGGUGGCUUGGACCGGUGCUAGACGUUUUCCCGCAGCCUGCGCGCUGGAGCCGGAGAGUGGCAGCCAAGGCAUGUGAGCGGCGCGUCCCGGGCAGCAACGUCGAGCCAUGUACUCGGGGAACAGCAGCGGCGAGGGCGGCAGGACCGGCAGCGGUGGCAGCCUGAAGCCAGCGGAACGGGACGCCGAGCAGCAGACGGCGGCUGCAGCUGCCGAGGACGCGGGGCCGCCCUUCAGCGCGAGCACCUACGAGCUGCUGGCCCUGCUGAUCGCCACCAUUGGCCUGCUGGGUUUGUGCAACAACUUGCUGGUGCUGGUGCUUUACGCCAAGUUCAAGCGGCUCCGCUCGCCCACCAACCUCUUCCUGGUCAACAUCAGCCUCAGCGACCUGCUCGUCUCGCUCUUUGGCGUCAGCUUCACCUUCUUCUCCUGCCUCCGCAGCCGCUGGGUCUGGGACGAAGCCGGCUGCGUGUGGGAUGGCUUCAGCAACAGCCUCUUCGGAAUUGUUUCAGUAAUGACUCUCACUGUCCUGGCUUACGAACGUUACAUUAGAGUAGUGCACGCAAGAGUUGUUGACUUUUCGUGGUCCUGGAGGGCUAUCACAUACAUCUGGCUCUAUUCAUUAGCCUGGACAGGAGCGCCUCUUCUGGGCUGGAACCACUAUACACUGGAGAUACAUGGGCUAGGUUGCUCAUUGGACUGGAGGUCAAAAGAGCCCAAUGAUGCUUCAUUUGUCCUCUUUUUCUUUCUUGGUUGCCUGGUGGCUCCUGUUAUGAUCAUGGCGUACUGCUACGGACAUAUUCUCUAUGCAAUACGGAUGCUUCGUUGUGUCGAAGAUUUACAGACUGUCCAAGUGAUCAAAAUCCUAAGAUAUGAAAGGAAAGUAGCCAAAAUGUGUUUUUUAAUGAUAACCAUGUUUUUUAUUUGUUGGAUGCCCUAUGCAGUGGUCUCUCUUCUGAUGGCCUAUGGGUAUGGUCACCUUAUAACUCCAACUGUGGCUAUUAUCCCUUCUUUCUUUGCCAAAUCAAGCACUGUAUACAACCCAGUUAUCUAUAUUUUCAUGAGCAGAAAGUUUCGACGGUGCCUUUUGCAGCUCUUCUGUGUUCGCCUCCUGAAAUUCCAAAGGACCCUGAAAGACAGGCCAGCAGUAGAGAGUGAAAAGCCAAUAAGGCCCAUAGUCAUGUCCCAGAAAGCAGGGGACAGACCCAAGAAGAAAGUGACUUUCAGCUCUUCUUCCAUCAUUUUCAUUAUCACCAGUGAUGAUGUGCAACCAGUAGAAAAUGGUACCAAGCAUCCAGGCACAAAGGUCAAUGUAAUCCAAGUGAAGCCCCUAUAGCAGGCUGUAUUCAGCUUCUGUUGGAAGCAGAGUGGACUUUUGCCAACCAAAUUGUUUUGGUUAAUCAUUCCUCUUGGGCUGGUUAUCUGUGGCACAAUUAAGAAAGCAACACUUUGGGGAAGUGAAAUAUGGAAUUAACUGGGUGACUUGUGAGCAUGUUAAUGGUUGUGAUUGUCUAAAUAAUGACAUUUUGCAAAAAGAUGGCCUUUUUUAUUAAGAAUAUUUAUUUUUCCAUAUCAUGUUUUGUUUACAUAGCACUUGCUGCACUGUAAACUUUCCAAGGAAAUAAAAGAACUUCUGAAAUAGAUAA